AUGUCACUGAAAUUUUUGCUCCUGCUAAAUUUCUUGUGCCUUCUAUUGAUAAUUUCCGAUGAUUGUGAUAGUCGUCUUAUUUGGAGCUUAGAAAGUAACAUUACUGAUAGGUUAUCAGCCAUCUUGAAAAAAGGAUUCACUUACAAAGGAUGCCAGGAGACAUUCAAUAAGGAAGACAUUAUUGAUAUUGCCGAAGAAAUCGAACACGAGUUCAAUCUAUACUGGAACAUAACUACGAUCCAGAUAAACAACACUACAACCGACUCAAUCGUCGAGGUAACCGAGGGUGAUUCUAAUGAAGAUUCUGAUGAAGGCCAAAGCUGUCUUUGA